ACUUUACCUUCACCCCUCGCUCCGCUAUUGCAGCUGGACACCGUUUCGAUUGAUUUGGUCCCGUCCAAGACAAGUCCCGACGAUAUCGGGGCAACAGCGUGGGCCUCCAGGAACCCAUCGAUCGAAAAUAUACUCGCGGGGCAUGUAGCAGGAGCGCCAUCGCCUCUCCUGUCUCCGCCACCCUCACCUUCGUUCCUGGCAGCUAGCUCGAUGCAUGCGCCAAGUGCCAUCGCUGAAGUUUUAUCCCAAGCAUUGCCACCUAUUGUGAUUACAUCUUCGUCGCGACCCACUACACCCUCUCUGUCAUAUGAGCGUUUGGAGACCACCACUAGCGCCGCUGACGCGACCGCUCCCUCGUCCAUCCAGCUGGACUCGCCCUCGGCGACACCUCAAGCAGUAUUGUCACGCCUGCCUAGCCCUCCCCACUCGCCGUCACCGCCCCCUCGCCGGCCGCUGCAGAUGCGCAGCACGCCUUCGUUGCAGGACCUCCCCAACGCUCCGGCUUGGUCCCUUCGUGCCACGGACGCCAAUUCGAAUGCUCUAGCAUUAGUAACCGUGCAACGGCCUCCUACGCGUCCCACAUCGCCGGUUCCGAGCAUCAGGCAACUCGAAGUGUCGCCUCAGCUAAUCGUGAUGCCUAUCUCUCGUGCUGCGGGCUCGCUGGCUUUGUCGCCCUCAAUGACUGCAUCUUCGCCACCGUCGAUGCCCGGAGCGAUGAGCGCGUACGCCAUGGAUCCGCCGACCCCGAGGCUGUCUCCCGUUCCAUCGCCUCGGAGCCGGCGCGGCCACGCCGCACCUUUGCCCGAUCUCGACCUCCGUGCCAUGAUCCCCCAGCCGCAGGUGUUAAUCGCGCAGGCAGUGGUACAAUUAGUGAACGUCGCGGAUCCUGCGUGGAUGCUCAAGGUCGUAGUCGCUCUUGUCGGAUGGUUCGCCGUCCUUGUGACCGGAAGCAACGACCUCCAGAGGCGGAGGCAGACACGACUGCUUGCGCCGGCAUAG